AUGAAGAACAACUACUGCGAGGGCGGAGGAGUACAACUUGAAGGUUCUCAAAUCGUGGAAACUUCGUCAUACGUAUACCUCGGACGUUCUAUGAACAUGGAAAACGACUUCAAGGAAGAACUGAAUAGAAGAAUGAGAGCAGCAUGGGCAGCAUUCGCAGCCGUCAAGGAAGCUACGGACCAACUGACGGACCAAGAUCUUCGUGCCCAUCUGUUCGACUCGACAGUUCUCCUCGCGCUCUGUUACGCAGCGGAGACGUGGGCAGACACUGCUGCCACGUCUAGAAAGCUACUUACUACCCACAGAGAUGCCUUUUGA